UAUUUAGAAACUUUAAGGGUAGCACUUGAUAUUCUCCAAAACUAUGGCUUCAAAAUGAGACGAGACUGCAAAACCCUAGCCUCCUUGGAAAAGCAUUGCUGGUGAACAGUCGAGUGUCAGCCGCAGCAGCAACCACGACUCGCAAUGGGGAUCGAUUUAGUUGCCGGUGGCAAGAGCAAGAAGUCCAAGAGAACGGCACCUAAAUCUGACGAUAUAUACCUCAAGCUCCUUGUCAAGCUGUAUCGGUUUCUUGUGAGAAGGACUGGUAGCAAGUUCAAUGCGGUGAUACUAAAGAGGCUCUUCAUGAGCAAGGUCAACAAACCACCAUUGUCUCUCUCACGUUUGAUUGAAUUCAUGAAGGGCAAGGAGGAUGAGAUUGCAGUGGUUGUUGGGACAGUAACUGAUGAUAUCCGUGUGUGUGAAGUUCCUGCUCUGAAGGUUACUGCACUGAGGUUCACAGAGACAGCAAGGGCAAGGAUUGAGAAAGCUGGUGGAGAAUGCUUGACAUUUGACCAGCUGGCGCUUCAAGCUCCUCUUGGACAGAAUACCGUUCUCCUGAGGGGGCCAAAGAAUGCACGCGAGGCUGUGAAGCACUUUGGACCAGCUCCUGGUGUGCCACACAGCCACACAAAACCCUAUGUGCGAUCCAAGGGAAGGAAAUUUGAGAGGGCUAGAGGAAGAAGAAACAGCAGAGGCUUUAGGGUUUGAGUUGCAGAACUCUUACGGAAAAGGUACAGACAAUCUAUCAUGUCUUGCAAAUGUUGCGUUUUCCUUCUUCACAUUAUUGUUGCUUUUUUUUUUUUUUUUUACUCAUAACAAAACAAUUUACUUGUAUUAGCUUGUUACAAUUUGAAUUUUUCCAUAUUUUUAUUUGGAAGAUGGCAUUGGGUAUUCUUGAAAAA